GGGCCGUAAGUGAAGUGUCGUAAAGCAGAAAGGAAGGCGGGAGUCCGGAUUGGAAACAUUAGGGAAACCUGAGGAGCGGAGGCCGCGAUGGCGAACGGCGCGUGGGCCGAGAUUCGUGAGAAAUUCCAGGCCGCGCUGGCCCUGUCGCGGGUAGAACUGCAUAAAAACCCCGAGAAGGAGCCGUACAAGUCCAAGUACGGCGCCCGAGUUCUGCUGGAGGAGGUCAGAGCGCUGCUGGGCCCCGCGCCCGAGGACGAGGACGAGGAAGAUCGGCCUCAGGCGGAGGACGACGUGGGCGCGGGUUACUCCGCCCCGGGGCUGCUGGCCGAGCUGGUGGCGGUCGAGGGGCCCGUGGCCCAGGGCACCGUGAGGCUGGCGGUGAUUGAGUUCCACCUGGGGCUGAACCACCUCGACACCGAGGAGCUGUCGGCGGGGGAGGAGCACCUGAUGAAAUGCCUGCCAUCGUGGUCAGUGCCUGGGUUUCGCCCCCUUGUAAUUGUAAAUGCCUUUUUCAGCUCUUCUCCACCAGUUCUGAUCCUGUUCAUUCUAUUUAGAAAAAAAAACACUAAAAAUAAUCUGGGUAUUUUGUGGUCUGAAAGAGAAGAAAUUGAAACAGCACAAGCUUACCUAGACUCAUCAGAAGCACUAUACCUUCGGUAUAUGAAAGAGAUUGGGAGUCCUCCUCUUGAUCCUACUGAGCAUUUUCUUCCUGAAGAAGAGAAACUUACUGAACAAGAGAGAUCAAAAAGAUUUGAGAAGGUUUAUACUCAUAACCUGUAUUACCUGGCUCAAAUCUACCAACAUAAGGAAGUGUUUGAGAAGGCUGCUCAUUAUUGCCACAGUACCCUAAAACGCCAGCUUGAGCACAAUGCCUACCAUCCUAUAGAGUGGGCUAUUAAUGCUGCUACCUUGUCACAGUUUUACAUCAAUAAGCAAUGCUUUAUGGAGGCCAGGCACUGUUUAUCAGCUGCUAAUGUCAUUUUUGGUCAAACUGGAAAGAACCCAACCACAGAAGACACUACUGAAACUGAAGGAGAUGUGCCAGAGCUUUAUCAUCAAAGAAAAGGCGAAAUAGCAAGAUGCUGGAUCAAAUACUGUUUGACACUCAUGCAGAAUGCUCAACAGUCAAUGCAGGACAACAUAGGAGAACUUGAUCUUGAUAAACAAUCUGAACUGAGAGCUUUAAGGAAAAAAGAACUCGAUGAGGAAGAAAGCGUCAGGAAGAAAGCUGUGCAGUUUGGAACCGGUGAGCUCUGUGAUGCCAUCUCUGCAGUGGAAGAGAAAGUGAGCUACUUGAGACCUUUAGAUUUUGAAGAAGCCAGAGGACUUUUCUUAGUGGGUCAGCACUAUGUCUCUGAAGCAAAAGAGUUCUUUCAGAUCGAUGGUUAUGUCACUGACCAUAUUGAAGUUGUCCAAGACCACAGUGCUCUGUUUAAAGUGCUUGCGUUCUUUGAAACUGACAUGGAGAGACGGUGCAAGAUGCAUAAACGUAGAAUAGCCAUGCUAGAGCCCCUAAUUGUGGAUCUGAAUCCACAGUAUUAUCUGUUGGUCAACAGACAGAUUCAGUUUGAAAUUGCACAGGCUUACUAUGAUAUGAUGGAUUUGAAGGUUGCCAUUGCUGACAAGCUGAGGGAUCCCGAUUCACACAUCGUAAAAAAAAUAAAUAAUCUUAAUAAGUCAGCAAUGAAGUACUACCAGCUCUUCCUAGACUCCCUGAGAGACCCAAAUAAAGUGUUUCCUGAGCAUAUAGGGGAAGACGUGCUUCGCCCUGCCAUGUUGGCUAAGUUUCGAGUUGCUCGUCUCUAUGGCAAAAUCAUCACUUCAGACCCCCAAAAAGAGCUAGAAAAUUUGGCAACAUCCUUGGAACAUUACAAAUUUAUAGUUGAUUACUGUGAAAAGCACCCCGAAGCUGCUCAGGAAAUAGAAGUGGAGCUAGAACUUAGUAAAGAGAUGGUGAGUCUUCUUCCCACAAAAAUGGAGAGAUUCAGAACCAAGAUGGCCCUGACUUAAUAAACUUCAUUUUUAAUGAAAGAAAAUGUGCAAUAUUGAAGAUAUUUUUUCCCCUUAGUCAAACGGGCCCAAUUCCAUUGUUAUAUUUACUUUUAUAGCCAGAGGAGUGCAAUUCGAACUUUAGAUACAGUCAGACCAAUGUAGUCUUUACUAGGACCUUAACAUAAAUGUAAUUAAUAAUUUAUAUCUAAUUAUGUAGAUUGACUUGUUAGUGUGACAUGUGAUUGGUAUUUUAGAGUGUAUGCUCCCUAUUUAAAUAUAAACUUCUCCUGCCUCAUUUUCUAAAGGUAGGUUCUUUGUUGUCUAGUACCUGAUGGAUCCUUUGAGAGGAAAAAUGCUGGUUAAUAUAUCUUGUAGACCAACCUAUUAUUAAAUUUGAAAAAGUAACUUCUUGUAAUACUUUCAACAAUAAAGAUUAAAAGAAAAAGAAAAAAGUAACUUCCUAUAGUUAUUUUUUCCCAAAUGUUUACUUUCCUAAAUUCCCAAAGAAAUGUUUUCAUUUUGAAAAUAUUAAAAAACUAAGUUAUGUUGUUUUAAAGUAUUGUAGUUUGUCUCAUCUAUAGGGGAUAAAAGCCUUGUUGGAAAUAUAAAUUUACUUGUUUCACUAAUAAAAACUUCCAUUUACUCUUG